AUGUUCGACCGACUCAAGGAUAGGAUUCGCCGCCACAGGCACAAGAAUGGACAACAGGUCAAACCCACACCAGAGAAGCCAGCGCAAGGGCACACCACAAAGCCCGAACCUGUGCCAGCUCCUGCUGCACCAGCUACCAAGUUGCCGUCUGUGGAAAGCACCCAGUUACCGGCCGUGGAAAAGCCAGCCGAGACACCAGAUGCCCCAAAGGAUUUGUGGGUGGAGGCCCUGAAUUCUCUCCCUGAAUCCAAACAGGAAACGCUCAAGAAGAUGGGAUUCAACCAGUCCAAUGCUCAAUCUGGAUCUGUUGAGUCCAGCAUUGAGGAUCUGGUCGGCGUAGUCAACCAAAGACAAGAAGAGUGCGAGAAGAAAUUUUUGAAGGUCAAUGUUGGCGGCGAAGAGAUUGUCCUACGGAACUAUACCAACAAUAUUAUCGACUGGUUGGGCAAGGCUGGGGAUAUCGCAGUGCAAUUUGCUCCGCCCCAAGCAGCUAUACCUUGGUCGGUCAUCAAAUCUGUCAUGCAGAUUCCGGUCAUCGAAGGCGAGCAAAUGGCUGCUUUGCUUGCGACCACUGAAAAAGUCGUCCGCGUGAUCAGUCGUGGUCAAGUGUACGAGUCAGUGUACCUCGGGAACAAACCCGCUACGGAUAGCCUCUCAAAGAACCUUCAAUCUGCACUGACCACAAUCUAUACUACAUCGUUGGAUGUACUUGCUGAAUCGGCAGAUCUGUUCUCCAAGGGCACAGCCACACGCACGCUUAAGGCAAUCCUCAACCCGGGCAAGGUCUCUGGCAGUAUCUGUGCUAUAAGUGAGCAAGAAGAUGAUCUUCUGCGCGAUGUCUCAGCGUGCGAAGUGAGACGCAGUGCGAACGCAGACGACAGCAUGAUUGAAAUGCUGAAUGCAUUGAACGCCCCAAUGAAGCGGGUAGAUGAGAACAUCCAACAUCUCCUUCAAAACAUGGAUGAAGAACAGCAUAUUAAGAUGUUGGAAUGGAUCUCCUCUAUUCCAUUCGGCAAAAAUCAUAACAACGUCAAAGAGAAGAGGACGCCCGGCACGGGUAAAUGGUUGUUACAGAGUGAGGAUUUCGCCACAUGGGAGCAAAACGACUCGUCUAUCUUCUGGCUCCAGGGCUCUCCCGGCACCGGAAAGACCUAUCUCACAUCAGCCGUCAUCGACCGAAUCCAGGACCGGUUGAGCGACACACCUAAGAAUGAAGGCUUUGCAUUUUUCUACUGUGAUAAGAACGAACCGCGACGUACGCAGGCACUAUCGAUCCUUCAAAGUAUUGUGCGUCAGCUUUCAACUACUGCGAAGAGUCCUGAAUCCGCACAGAAGAAGCUUUGUGAAUUAUACAAUAAGUGUCGCAAUGCAGGAUCAACCUUCAACCUAGAGCAGUGCAUGGACCAGAUCCAGGCCUCGAUGGAUAUAUACGAGAAAACAACAAUCGUGAUUGAUGCCAUGGACGAGUGUAAUCCAGAUACCCGUGACGAGCUCAUCGAUGCCUUGAAUUCCUUCGUCUCUCAAUCCAACAAAGGGCAUAUUAAAGUUUUCAUUUCGAGCCGACCGGACCACGAUAUUCAGGUCCAAUUGCAAAAUGCACCCAAUAUCGACAUCAACGCAAGUGAUAACAAAGGCGAUGUUCAGAAAUAUCUCGACGCUGAGUUAGAAAGGCUUGCGAAGAAGACUCCUUCCAUCGGACGCCUGAAAGCCAAGAUUCUGGAUACUCUACUUGAGCGCUGUCAAGGAAUGUUCCAAUGGGCGGCUCUACAAGUGCACCAAAUCAAGAAGUGUAAGACUGAGUCCAGUGUAUGGAAACGACUUGAAAAUCUUCCGGAAGAUAUUCAAAAGGCAUAUGACGAGGCAUGGAGUCAAAUCGAUGACCUGGAGGAACCUGAUAAGAUCUUGACACACCGCGCUAUGCUCUGGGUUAUGGCUGCCGAGCGACCGCUCUCCACGUCCCAACUUAUCUGCGCUGUUCGCGUGAAUACGAAGAGGGAGGUACCUACAUUAGCCGACGAGAUUGAUGAGCAAAGCUUGCUGUCACUCUGUAACAGCCUCCUGACAAUUGACUCUGAGCAAAAGGUGUGGCGAUUCGCACAUCUAUCGGUCCGCGAAUAUCUCGAAGCCAAGAUGCAAUGGACCCUAGGACGGGUUAAUCUCCACGCUGCUAGUGCCUCUCUCUCAUGGCUCAUCACCAUGUACGACAAAGAUGAUAGUGACGAAAUUGAUUUGUCAGGGUGGAAGGGAAAACCGAAGCCAGGCGAUAUAUUCCACCUCAUGCACCCAUUCCAUCUAUACAUGAGACAUCAUUGGGCAAAACACGCUCAAAAGGCGCAGGACGACGACAAAGCUACGUUGUCCUCCCUUUUGAAAACCUUCCUCGGAUCUCCCGAGGAAAGCAGCAAGCAGUACCGGAAAUGGUAUGAAGUGAUUAAGGACGAUUUGCAGAGAAUCGUUGACGUCGUCGAUCUUCAAGGCACGGAUGUAUUCCACUUCUACCUGGAGGCAGGUGGCUUUACCAAAGAAGAGUUCGACACAUGCGACUUCAAUCAGGCACAGUAUCCGGAGUAUGGCGAGUUUGAAAGCGAGUUAGGACCAUCCGAUGCUGCCAUUUAUGUGAUGUGUCAUCUUUCAUUUUCUGCGAUACUAUCAGACUGGUGGGAAAAUGCAGAUUUCGAUGUUUCGCGCGUGAACGAAAGAGGCCAUAAUCUCCUCACGAUCGCUGCUCGGGUUGGCUGUACCCCAAUUUGUAAAACACUCGUCGAAAAGGGUGCAUAUUUGAACCAGCAGGUUGAGGGUCGAGAUUAUGGCAGUGCUCUUCACGCAGCAGCUCACAGGGGGCACACCGAAACCGUGAAAUAUCUGGUAGAAGCAGGUGCAGAAGUGAACAUGACACUAGAAAACGGUGAAAACGGGACGGCCCUCAUCGCAGCGCUUGCUGCUGAGAAAGUCAGUACUGCUAAAUUCCUAAUCCAAAAGGCGGGCGCAGAUGUGAACAAGACCCACACCCUUGAAGAGGAAGAAGAUGAUGAAGAUCUUGAUCCGGUUAUCAUUCUGACCCCAAUUGCAUUAGCAGCCAAAAUCAAGGGCACCGACCUUCUUAAGAUCCUGGUGGAUGCUGGAGCCAACGUUAAUGUGCCAGAACAAUCUGGAAACCCUACAUCUGCAGCCAUCAAAUCCCACAAUUUGGAGGGUGCCAAGUACCUGAUUCAAAAGGCAAAGGCUGAUGUGAACUUGCCAAUCUUGGAGGGUAGUUUCUGCACUCUCCUGGAACGGGCAUCGAGCGACAGCCGAAAUUUGGAAAUUGUCAAAUUGUUAGUUGAAGCAGGCGCCGAAGUGAAUCCGUCGGAAUGCGGAGACUAUGGCACUCCUCUUGCAGCAGCAACUCGCGGAAUUAACAGCCCCAGAAAUGGAAGCUCGAUACUUGCUCAUGACAUCGAGGUUCUCAAAUACUGGAUUGAAGUAGGCGGAGAGCUGAAUGUGCAGAACGAAUUUGAGCAAUCGAUCGAACUUGGAUUCUUUGAGGGUGUCAAGUACCUGGAGACUAUGGUACCGCCAGCUUCGGGUUCGCGACUACCCGAUUCACGUGUAUUUGUUUUUCUGCCACAGGAAUAA